AUGACGACGUCAAAUCCCGAAGAACCCGGCAUCCAACCUAUUCCGCCCGAGGAAACAAGUCAACCCAGCGGAAGAACGACGCAGAAGUCGGAAAAGCUCAGAAAAAUUGAAGUGGCGAUUGAAUCGAAGCUCAAUGUCACUGAAGAUGAUCUCCUCGAAGCCAGAGCUUUGGCGCAAACGAUGGCACUUGAAAGCGUCCAUAAGGUCAUGAAAAAUGCAUUAAAACUCCAUGAGCGCGAUCCUAACUUUCCCCAUUUGAUCCUGGAGAAAACGAGAGAGUUCCUGGCCAUCGAAAACGUAUUCCAGAAUUCGGAGAAGCAUGAAGACUUGGUCUGGGAGAUGAAGCUGCAAGCAGCUCUCAUCACUAACAACAGCCCGUACGCCGAAGUGCGAGCCGUGGUCGAUAACACAGAUGACCCAUCUACCCCUUGCUCCACGGUCCGAGCAUGGUUCAUCGGCAUCUUCUUUUCUGUCUUCUUAGCCUUCAUUAACCAACUUUUCUCUAUCCGUCAACCCCCCAUCAGUGUCGACUCCAACAUUGCCCAGCUCCUUGCCUAUCCCCUGGGCAAGGCGUGGGAAAGGUGCAUGCCGGACUGGCGUUUCACUCUUUUCGGCAAGCAGCACAGUCUCAAUCCGGGACCUUUCAACAAGAAAGAGCAUAUGCUGAUCGCCAUUAUGGCCAAUACUGCCAAGUCUCUCCCCUAUAGCCAGCUGAUUGUCUGGACGCAAGUGUUGCCUCAGUACUUUCACCAGAAGUACGCAAAGGACUUUGGAUAUCAAAUUCUCAUUGCCUUGUCAACCAAUUUCAUAGGCUACGGUCUGGCUGGCUUAACCCGGAAAUUCCUGGUGUAUCCCUCGUUUUGCCUCUGGCCUGCCUCACUCGUUACCAUCGCUCUCAAUUCGGCGCUUCAUCAUGAGACCAACACGGCGAUACCGGGACCUUUUAAAAAGCGCUUCACAAUGUCGCGGUACAAAUUCUUCAUGUGGUCGUCUGGAGCCAUGUUUAUCUACUUCUGGUUUCCGAAUUACAUAUUUGAGCUUCUCACGUAUUUCAGCUGGAUGACGUGGAUCUCGCCCAAUAACCACAAUUUGGAGAUUCUGACUGGGUUCCGAAAUGGUUUAGGGCUGCUUAACCCCUGGCCAACGUUUGACUGGAAUGUCCUCCUUUCACAUGUAGAUCCUCUGAUGGUUCCAGCAUUCACAACCUUCAACACAGCCCUCGGUGGCUUUCUCUUCGGACUCGUCAUCCUCGGCAUCUACUAUACCAACACCUGGAACACUGGAUACCUGCCCAUCAACUCAAACCGGGUAUACGACCAUUUCGGCAAGCUCUACAACGUAUCGAGGACUCUCGAUCAUCGUGGCAUGUACGAUCAUGACAAGUACAUGAACUACUCAGCAGCUUACCUGGGCGCCGCCAUCACCGUCGUGUACGGCGCUUUCUUUGGCGUUUAUGCUGCCGCUAUUACGCACGUGGUUUUGUUCCACCGCUGCGAGAUCAUGAUGGGCUUGAAGAACUUGUGGCGGACUUUCUUCCACAAGCGAGCGUCGGGCGGCGAGAACGAAAAUGAUUCGGGGCAAGACGAUUACGCUGACGUUCAUAAUCGUUUGAUGGCCGCUUAUCCCGAAGUUUCCGAAUGGUGGUAUUUCUCGACGCUCGUGGUCGCCGCAGCGCUCGGCAUCGCUGGCGUCUCGGCCUGGCCCACGCAUACCACGCUGGGGGUCGUGCCUUACGGAGUGAUACUGGCGUUGAUAUUUGUCGUUCCGCUGGGUAUGAUCAAAGCUAUGACCGGAAUCGAGGUGACACUCAACGUCCUGGCCGAGUUCAUCGGGGGGAUGUUUGCUGAAGGCAACGCCCUCGCCAUGAACUUUUUCAAGUCUUUUGGAUACGUCACAUGUGCCCAUGCCGUGCAUUUUGCGAACGACUUGAAAGUGGCGCACUAUCUCAAGAUUCCACCCUGGCAUACGUUCGCUGCUCAGAUGAUCGCAACACUCGUAUCUACCUUUGUUAGCACGGGAGUAAUGCAGUUCCAAAUCAACAUCGAGAACGUAUGCCAACCCAACGCCCCUAUGCGCUUUCUAUGUCCCGGUCCAAACACCUUCUUCACUGCAUCUGUUUUAUGGGGCACCAUUGGACCAAUCAAGAUGUUUGGGCACCAAGGUCAAUACGGCGCGCUUCUCCUAGGGUUUCCGCUGGGGGUAAUCACCACUGUCCUCUUCUUCCUCCUGGCGAAGCUUUUCCCCCGGAACAGACACCUACGACAGGUCCAUCCCGUGGCCUUGUGGUACGGUGGUCUCAACUGGGCCCCGUACAGUUUCUCUUACCUCUGGCCAUCGGUCCCAAUUGCUUGGCUGUCAUGGAUCUAUGUGAAGAGCCGUUACCUUGCGUUCUGGUCUAAGUAUAACUUCGUCCUUUCCGCUGCUUUCUCCGCCGGAGUCGCCAUUGCAGCAAUCGUGAUGUUCUUCACAGUCUCAUGGCUUGGACUUGAGAUCAACUGGUGGGGGAACGAGCAGCCAUCCAGGGGCUGUGAGGGCAAGCCUUGCACCAUGCUGAAUUUGAGCAAAGGGGAACGGUUCUUGCCUUGGUGGAAUGGCCGUCAUGUACCAGCACCGUGA